CUAACUUCUCGAUUGUUUCGACCGACAUCGAACUCGCUCGAUCGCACUUUGCUCCUCCAUCAUCCAGCAUCCAUGUCGACAGAAGUAGCGGCACCCGCGCCAUCCACUUCCGCCGCUGGCGAGACGACGCCGCUCCCGCCGCUCGCAGACCUGGUGCGGCGGAGCGCGAAGCGCACGCGCGUGACGUACGGAGGCGAGUUCUCGCUCGGGCUGUCGGACGAGCCAGAACGCGCGACAAAGGUCAAGCUCGCGUCCAAGCUCGCACGGGAGUACAAGGACGUGCAGGUUCUCCCGCCGGUGCUGCAGGCCGCUGGUGCGGGUGCAGGCCCGAAGCGGCCAGCGGCAGCUGGCGCCGCGGCUGCAGGCCCCGCUGCCGGGCCCAGCGCCGGACCAAAGCUCAUCACGGGCGGCGACUCGCUGCGCGACCCCGGCGCUGACACGGCCGCACCCUCUGCCCCCCGCGCGCUCGUCAAGUUCCGGCACCAGGAGGGCUUUGCGGCGGAAGGAGGGGCCGCGUCGUCGCGCCUCUCGCAAGCGCUCAUGCGCAAGAAGGAGGCGAGGGAGGUCAAGCCGGUGUACCAUCCUCAGUGGAAGCUGUCCCGCGUCAUCUCGGGCCACAUGGGCUGGGUGCGCGCCGUCACUGUCGACCCCGGAAACCAGUGGUUUGCGACGGGCGCCGGCGACCGCGUGAUCAAGAUCUGGGACCUGGCGUCGGGCGAGCUCAAGCUCAGUCUGACGGGACAUAUCUCGACUAUUCGUGGACUGGCCGUGUCGGACAGGCAUCCGUACUUGUUCAGUGCGGGCGAGGACAAGAUGGUCAAGUGCUGGGACUUGGAAACCAACAAGGUGAUCCGCCACUACCACGGCCACUACUCGGGCGUGUACACCAUCGCUGUGCACCCCACGCUCGACGUUCUCGUCACUGGUGGUCGUGACGCCAGUGUCCGCGUGUGGGACAUGCGUUCCCGCGCCAACAUCUUCACGCUCACCGGCCACACGAGCACGGUCGCCGACGUCAAGACGCAGAAUGUCGACCCGCAGAUCAUCUCGGGCAGCAUGGACAGUACCAUUAGGCUCUGGGACCUGGCUGCCGGCAAGAGCAUGCAGACCCUCACGCACCACAAGAAGGCGGUCCGCUCGCUCGCCGUCCACGAGACCGAGUACAGCUUUGCGUCGGGCAGCUCGGGAACAAACAACAUUAAAAAGUGGAAGUGCCCCGAGGGCAUCUUUGUCAACAACUUUGUCGGACACGAGGCGAUUAUCAACACGCUGUCGCUCAACCAGGAGGGUGUGCUGUUCUCUGGUGCCGACAACGGAACAUUGACAAUGUGGGACUACGCCACUGGGUUGCCGUUCCAGCACCUCAAGGACAUUCCCCAGCCUGGAUCGCUGGAUGCUGAGGCGGGUGUCUUCUGCUCGACAUUCGACCGGACAGGCACACGACUCAUCACUGGUGGUGCCGACAAGACGAUCAAGGUGUACUCUGAGGUUGCAUAGUGUGCAGGUGGUGGUGAUAAGUAGUGACGCAGGAUUAGAUGUACAAGUAGAUGGACGGAUAUAGG